AUGAGCGUCGUCUACGAGCCCCGGAACUUCAUCCAUGAUGGCGGUUACCCGCCGAUGGAUGAUGAGCACGUUACUACCUCGCCAGAUGCCGACCAGUUCACCGAUUCGGAGGAUACGGUCACCAACGAGCUCGCUACCACUGUCGCGUCCUAUUUGAACACGCAGUUGAACACGCAGUUCAUCGAUACCACUGAGCAGCGCCUCGACUUGCCCACCGUUCCACAGACUGCCACGACCGACGCAUCCCCAGAGCAUGACCCCGGCUCCCCCACCCUCUGCGACGAUGAAGAUGGUCCCAUCCUACGGCCAGUCCGGUCGCCGGUCAAGAAUGAGCGGGGCAAAUAUCCCUGCACUUGGGCCAACUGCAAUGAGAAGGUCAGGGAAUGGAUUCGCAAAUGCGAGUAUAACAAGCAUAUGGACAAGCACGAGCGGCCAUACAAGUGCGGUCGUCCGGAUUGCAAGAAGCUCCUUGGUUUCACCUACCCCGGCGGUCUCUCGCGGCACCGGCGCGAAGUCCACCACCUAAAUGGCGGCCCCAAGACCGUGCUUUAUUGCCCGCAUCCAGCCUGCAAGCGUCACGAGGGCAAGGGCUUUGGACGCCAGGAAAAUUUGACCGAGCACCUUCGUCGCUUGCAUCCCAAUGCCGGAGAGAAGGGCGAGGGCGUCCCGGGCGACGAGGAGGAGGAUGAAAUGGACAUUGACGCUGACGGCAACGGCAUGGACAAACCCUCUCCUAGCCCGGGUCGGAAGCGCAAGCGCGAGCUCGUCAAUACUCCCACGGUGGACAGCACCGGCGAGCUGCGCGAGGAGAUCAAGCGUGUGCGCCUAGAGAACGAAGAGCUCCGCCGGCAGGUCGGGGCGCAGACCCAGCAGACGGUGAUCAUGAUGCAAAAGAUCGCGGCACUGCAGAAGGCGCUCGAGGUGCGCAUUCCCGGCACGGUCACCACCGUUGCCCCUCCCUCGGCCAUGAAGCCCGCUCCGAUUCCGAUGCAGACCGCGACGAUGAUCUAG